CAUGCCUUCAUAAUGACAAACUUAAGCAACUGGCUGUGAAAAACUACGAGUUUCGACAAACGACAUACAAGAGUGAAUUGGAAGAACUGACAAGGUGGUCUAAGAGCUGGGGCCUUAGUGACAUGGGGUUCGGCCGAGAGAGAACUGCGUAUUGCUACUUCGCCGUUGCUGCUAGCACAUCACUACCUCAGGAUUCUGAGAUCAGAAUGAUGGUAGCAAAGAGUGCUAUAGUUAUCACAGUUGCUGAUGAUUUUUAUGAUAUGGAAGGCUCUCUUGAUGAUUUGGAAAAAAUCACAGAUGCAGUUCAAAGAUGGGAUGCUAAGGGCUUGAGUGGCCACAGUAAGACUAUCUUUGAUGCCCUUGACAGCCUUGUGAACGAAUUAGCAAGAAAAUACUCUCGGCAACACGGAACCGAUAAAACAAACAGUCUCCGAGAUGUAUGGAGUGAAACAUUUGCUUCCUGGUUUACGGAAGCUAAAUGGAGCUAA